GCCGCCGCCGGUGCCCGCCCGCUCCGCCCGCUCCGGCCGCUCCGGGCCAUGGUCCCGUAGGGCCGCCGGGCCGCGCUCACCGCCAGCAUGUUCGGCCGCUCCCGCAGCUGGGUGGGCGGCGGGCACGGCAAGGCCGCCCGCAGCAUCCACUCCUUGGACCACCUCAAGUACAUGUAUCAUAUUUUGACUAAAAACACAACAGUAACAGAUCACAACCGAAACCUGCUGGUGGAGACAAUUCGUUCCAUAACUGAGAUCCUCAUAUGGGGGGACCAGAAUGACAGCUCAGUGUUUGACUUUUUCUUGGAGAAGAAUAUGUUUGUUUUCUUCUUGAACAUCUUGCGUCAGAAGUCUGGUCGUUACGUGUGUGUGCAGCUGCUGCAGACUCUCAACAUCCUCUUUGAGAACAUCAGUCACGAAACAUCACUGUAUUACCUGCUCUCUAAUAACUAUGUAAAUUCUAUUAUUGUCCACAAAUUUGACUUUUCUGAUGAGGAGAUCAUGGCAUAUUACAUAUCAUUUUUGAAAACUCUUUCCCUGAAGCUCAACAAUCAUACUGUACAUUUCUUUUAUAAUGAGCACACUAAUGACUUCGCUUUGUACACUGAAGCUAUUAAGUUUUUUAACCACCCCGAAAGCAUGGUCAGGAUUGCUGUUAGGACUAUAACUUUAAAUGUCUACAAAGUGGACAACCAGCCUAUGCUGCAUUACAUCCGAGAUAAAACUGCAGUUCCUUAUUUCUCCAACCUCGUCUGGUUUAUUGGCAGCCACGUGAUAGAACUGGAUAACUGUGUGCAGACUGAUGAAGAGCACAGAAAUAGGGGCAAACUGAGUGACCUGGUAGCAGAACAUCUCGAUCAUCUGCAUUACCUUAAUGAUAUCCUCAUCAUUAAUUGCGAGUUUUUAAACGAUGUGCUGACAGACCACCUACUUAAUAGACUCUUUCUUCCCCUCUAUGUGUAUUCAUUAGUAAAUCAAGAUAAGGGUGGAGAGCGUCCAAAAAUAAGUCUCCAAGUUUCUCUCUAUCUUCUGUCUCAAGUUUUUCUAAUUAUACAUUAUGCUCCUUUGGUGAACUCCUUGGCUGAGGUUAUACUCAAUGGUGACCUCUCGGUGUUUUCUUCUAAGGUUGAGCAAGACAUACAGAAAAACUCAGCAAAGUCAAGUAUCAGAUGUUUCAUCAAACCAACAGAAACACUUGAGAGGUCUCUUGAAAUUAAUAAACAGAAGGGGAAGAAGAGGAUGCAAAAAAGACCCAACUAUAAAAAUGUUGGUGAAGAGGAUGAGGAGGAGAGAGGAUCUGAAGAUAACCAAGAUGACCUUGAUAAAUCUAAAGGUACAGAAGCAAGUUCAAAAGGCGUAAGAACAAGCAGUGAAAAUGAAGAAAUAGAGAUGGUGAUCAUGGAGAGAUGUAAGCUGUCAGAGCUGUCCAUCUCUACUGUGACAGAACAGAAUACAACAGAUGAAGAAAAGAGUGCAGCUGCUUCUGGGAGUGAGAUAACAAACUGGAACAGGCCUUUUCUUGAUAUGGUCUACAACGCACUGGACUGUCCUGAAGAUGAUUACUAUGCCCUCUUUGUGCUCUGUCUUUUAUAUGCAAUGUCACACAACAAAGGAAUUGACCCAGUCAAGCUGGAGAGAAUUCAGCUUCCAGCUCAACAUGCUGAGGAGAGAAACUCAUAUAAUCAUGUGCUUGCAGAAAGGCUCAUCAGGAUAAUGAAUUAUGCUGCACAACCAGAUGCAAAAAUCCGUUUGGCAACUUUGGAACUUGGGUGCCUGUUGCUGAAGCAGCUUGUGUUUUCCAAAAACGGCAGCAUCAUAAAAGAUGUUCACCUUGCUUGUCUUGAGGGUGCAAGGGAAGAAAGCGUUCAUCUCCUUCGUCGUUUCUAUAAGGGAGAAGAAAUUUUUCUGGAUAUGUUUGAAGACGAAUACCGGAGUAUGACAAUUAAACCCAUGAAUGUAGAAUACUUGAUGAUGGAUGCCUCAAUCUUGCUGCCUCCAACGGGGACGCCACUGACUGGUAUUGAUUUUGUGAAAAGAUUGCCUUGUGGAGAUGUGGAAAGGACACGAAGAGCAAUCAGAGUUUUCUUUAUGCUCCGGUCGCUGUCACUGCACUUGCGAGAUGAGCCAGAAACUCAGUUACCACUCACGAGGGAGGGAGAUCUGAUAAAGACAGAUGAUGUUCUUGAUUUGAAUAACAGUGAUCUAAUUGCCUGUACAGUGAUAACAAAGGAUGGGGGUCAAGUUCAAAGAUUCCUGGCUGUGGAUAUUUACCAGAUGAGUUUGGUUGAACCAGAUAUUGCCAGACUUGGAUGGGGAGUAGUUAAAUUUGCAGGCCUUUUGCAGGACAUGCAGGUGACAGGAGUAGAGGAUGACAGUAGAGCUCUGAACAUAAUCAUUCACAAGCCUGCCUCGAGCCCUCAUUCUAAGCCCUUCCCCAUCCUUCAGGCCACGUUCAUUUUCUCGGAUCACAUCCGCUGCAUUAUUGCCAAGCAGCGCCUGGCCAAGGGCCGGAUCCAGGCCCGGCGCAUGAAAAUGCAGAGAAUAGCAGCUCUCCUGGAUCUUCCUGUUCAGCCUUCAACUGAAGUUAUGGGUUUUGGACACAGCUCUGGAGGCACAGCCCAACACCUUCCCUUUAGAUUCUACGACCAGUCCCGGCGUGGGAGCAGUGACCCCACCGUGCAGCGCUCUGUCUUUGCAUCUGUUGACAAAGUCCCAGGCUUUGCUGUAGCCCAGUGUAUAAAUCAGCACAAUCCCUCCCCACUCUCAUCACCAUCACCUUCCAGUGGCAGUGGGAGCACAGGGCGCUGUGAUUCAGUGACUGCGAGCUCGACAUCCACCCCUUCUGCUGCACAGAGCCCCUCAGGUCUGGCAGGAAAGGACGCCGGCGGGUGUUUAGUCUGUCGGAGGCUGACAGUCACGGCGGACACUGGGUUUAGGUCUUCGAGCAGCAGCUGCAGCAGAAACUCCCGCAAUACCCACUCAGAUGAUCCUUCAGCUCCAGAGCAUCCUCAGACGGCCAUUUCCGGUCAGACGUUGUUGACUGAUGAAACUCCUUCAGCCGUCUCCAAGUCCAGCAAAAGUGCUGGGAAAACCAGUGACAUAGAAACGGCAAACCUGUCUCCCAGCCUGAUUCCUGCCCAGCAGCCCACAAUAUCCCUGAUUACAGACGACAACACGGAUACCCUGAGCGUAGAGUCGCUGACUCUGGUGCCUCCGGUGGAUCCACACAGCAUUCGGACAUUCCCCUGCAUCCCUCAGCCCUCUUUGCAGCCUGAAGAUGAAGUUUGCAAGGUAAAGGAGGUUGAGCAAGAAUGUUCUGACUAAAGGCAACAUGCAGACUGUAAUAAACAGUGAAGAAAACACAUCCAAAUUCUGAAUUGUUUUUUUCCUCUGGGAGUGCAGAUACUUCUUGAAGCCUGAGAGGCCAUCGGGUCCACAAGGGGCCCACUGGUGAGUGAGACUGUCAGCAGCUUUUAGAGGAAAUGUUGGAUACUCAGCAUAUCUCAGCUGGAGAAAAGGGGAAAAAACAAACUUUUGAAUCUGGACUGGUUCUUUCCUACCAAUUUCUGUUAUACAAGAACAUGAAAGUAUUUCAGAGGACCUAUUGUCUUUCUAACAGGAACUAACUAAUUGUAAAAGGUAUACAGUAUUAUGGGGAAGAGAAGAAAUUUUUGGAUACCCAGCUUCAUGAUGCUGUAUUAUUACGUCUCUCAAACUGGAGAAAUGCCAUUGACCAGAAAAAAAUGAUAUGUUAUAGUACAGAGGUAAAAUUUCCAUUUGAGUCAGGGUGUGGUUUUCGGUUUGGUGUUUGGUUUUGUUUUUUGGAGGGAGGAGGGAUUUUGGUUUUUUGUUUGGUUGGUUUUUGUUUGGUUGGUUUUGGUUUUUAAUCCUGGUCUUGUUCAUCUUUUUGGAGGUCUGCAUGAUACCAGCAGGCAUGGCCACUUUCAGUGUUGUCUUCAUAGGACUCCAGACUUCAAUAUUGUUUUUUCCAUAUGUAAUAUUUAUUUCAAGGUUUGGUUCAAAGCAAGAUACAAUUUUCUAAAAGGCAAAAGUCUGAAGUUAAUGAAAAAUGCUUAUUCAAAUUAACAUAAGGGAUUUUUGAGACUACUUUGGUCUUUGCUUAGCCAUCUACAGAGGAAUGUGAAACAUUUUAAGAGAUUGCUGUAGCUUGUUUGUUUGCUUCUGACAGUCAAAUUGCUAUACCUCUGAGGAAUGGUGAUAUCCUUGCUCCUGAAAGACAACUUCAAGAAGCAGACAGAAGCAGUUUUACUCCAAAGAGGGUUUUCAAAUUUUUCGUAGUCAUAUAGGAAGGUCAUCAUAUCUGACUGUGGAUUCCUUUGCAAGUCUGAAACACAAAAGGAAAGGGAUUGUAUAAGGUUUUUUUCCCAUCUGGGCUGAUAUCCCAGUUAAACAACAUUGCUACAUAACAGUGAUCCUGAGUUUGUGCUUGGCAUACUUUGCUUCCUAGAUCCUGGCACCAAGUUGACAGAGAGUAGUGGAAAAGUAUUGAUUAAAGUCAGGGAUGUUCUGUGCUGAUUUCAUACGUAGUUUAACGUGAGUGAAAUUUAAGAUUUGUCAUCAAUUUCUAAGUAUCUUAAUUUAAAUUAAUAGUAAAAUGAGCAGAUUGUCAUUGUGGGUCUGUUCAUACCUGAGUGCUUUCUGGCUCUAAAGAAGGAAGUCUGCUGUUUACUGGUAUUGAUUUCAGUCAUCAGUGCAAUCUGUUUCCUCAUUCUGUCUCCACUACCAUUGAUUUCUUUUCAAAUGGGGGAAUCUGAAAAGUUUUUACCUACUUCCCAGUUGUUUAUUGUACCUCUUUCUGGCUGUCAUAUGGAAUACUUGAAGUGAUUUUCAAUGUUAUAUAUAUAGUGUAACUUUUCUCACUUUUUCCAUCUUCUCCUUCAAAUAAUAACUUAAACUUUCCCAAACAUAUAUAUAAGGUGUCUGCUACUGAAUGCCAGUAAUUUUUCUCCUCCCCUCAAAUUGAGUUAACUGAUAAUUCUGACCAUUCCAGAGUGGCCCUGACUCUAAAUGAAUUCUGAGAAUUAGGUGUCCUGAGCACAGCUAUGGAUAUUGGAUGAGAAUUUGGCAUGGCUGGAGUAAGGGCUUACUUUUUAGGGUUUUUUGUCACGUACUUAGGGUGAGUUGGCACUCAUGCAGUCACUGUUGCAGGUAAUGAGCAUGUACCUGCACAAGCCUAGACAUCACUAGCAAUUUGGGCACAAGGGCUAGGUAAAUUAUUAGCUGAACUGAUUGCAAUCUAGACUUCCUCUAGACAAUUACUUUAAAAAAGGCCUUAAUUUGAAAGCAUUUUAUGUUGGUUGUUAACCUUAAACUCUUGACCUAGAUUACACAAAAUGCCACUGUGCAGAAUGAGUUCCCUUAAAUAGAAAUGUUUUUAGACAGGAAAACCUUGAUCUUUAUUUAUCUCCCUUCAAAUUCAGUUCUAGGAAGAUCAGAGCCAUGCAUGAGGAGUCUCUUUGGGUAUUCGUAGUCUCACCCUUGAGCCACACUGCACAAGAAAGGGGACAAAGGGACAGAAAGCUGACUUUGUGCUUUAAAUUGCCUUUGAGUGGCUUUUAAAUCUCGUGACCAGUUGUCUACUGAGAACUUCAGAGGAAAUGACUGGGAGGGAUGCUAUUAUUAGGAAAAUAGAAGACUAGGUCUACUGUCUCUAGCCUGCUGCUGGCAGAGCCUUGCUGGUUGAGGGAUAGGUGGGAUAUCUUGUAGCAGUUCUAUCAAAAGCUCUCUGCAGAGAUGGAAUUGCACCAGGAAAGCUCUGACUGCACCAGCUUUACCGAUGUUGGGGUGUUAUUCUUAGCUGGGUCUGGAUGGUUCUGCCACAGAAUUGAUUUUUGACGUUGAUGUUAAGGCAUGUACAAUUUUCUGUGCUUUGUGCUGCGUUAGGAGACUUCAGAGUGUAAAAACUCUGGAGAUGCCAAAAUAAUCUGCCACUGGUCAUUUUUAAGCUCUGCAAUUAUAAUACUCAUCUGCAGUUCCUUGAAGAGUAUCAUAUCUAUCUCUCACUCAUCAGAAUCUGUUUCCUUAGGCUGUUUUCUUAUCCUCCUUUCACUGUAAAAAGGAAACUCAACCAGGAAGGCAUCAGCACAUCAGCCACAAAUGUAAUUUUUUUCUUAAAAAAAAAAAGUUUGAGUAACAUCACUUUCUAACCAAACCCAAAUACCAAACUGCAGGUGAGAGCAGCAGCUACACACCUGGUCAUUCAAAAGCCCCACUCUUUCAGUGCAAUACUGCAGAGGGAGAUAGAAUCACUCUAAAUACAGCAACGUUCCAGAGCAAAAUACCACAAUUCUGGAGAUAUGCUAAAUUCUCAGUGUAUGUUUGUAGGGGCUGUGCCUCUUCAGCCAUGUCCUGUCAACAGAACACAAUCCUGUUAUUCUCUUCCUUUGGAGAAGCCGAAGAAGCCUGAGCAUAAUGAAUGUUACUUUGCUAUUUUAUGGUCUGUGUGCCUUAUUUUAUUACAUUUUACCACUUGUUUAACAGAACUGUGUGUCACCUUCACUGCUUUUUGCUGGUCCCCUUUGCUUUGUUGUCACCCAGUGUACAGCAGUGACCCAGACCUGAGCUUUCCAUUUGUGAAGGGAGUAGUGGCAGCAGACACUUGGUAAUUUGGUGAGGAAAGGGAGGGAGGAAACACCAGUUCUGGUGUCUGCUUAACCAUGAAAGUAAUGCUUGCAGUGUGAAAUUUGGGUGUGGAAAUCAAUGGUUUUGCUGAAAUUCUUUGAUAUAGAACAAAACCAAAGGUCAAGCUUCCUGCACUUCAUUUCACAAGCUGUGUGUAUUAAACCAAUUUCAUUAGAAAUGUGGUCACAUAUAUUACUACAAAAAGCUGUAUUUUGUCUGUGAAGUCAUGAAUUAUAUACACUGUAAGGGCAGAGCUCAUUUGUAUUCUCCACUGCUAAUCAUGAUAAACUAUAAAAUUCUGACUACACUUUCUUAAAUUACACUGAGCUUAAAAAAAAAAAGGAAUAUAUAAAAUUACACCUGUUGAAGAAGCUCCUCAAUGUUCUUCUCUUUGCAAUGCAGUUGGAAUUUUACUUGAAGUUAUUUGGUGAGGAAGAAUUGGGAAUAUCUUCCAGAGUUCAUUUAUUCUUUUGCAGUAUUGUUGCUGAAAGACAGGUAUGUGACAUUUUAAAAAAAAAAAUCAUCUUCCAGAUCCAGGAUUUAAGGCUCAGAUACAGAUCUGUAUUCAGAGUUUAAGUCAAUGUCCAGUGAUUAAUUUAAAAGCUUUACCCAAUAGAGACAGAGUACAGGAGAAAAUAAUGUUCCUUUCCGGAUUCAAAGUAUUUUGGUUUGUAGAAUUUGAGAAGUGAUAGUUAAAAUUGUUUGUUCACGGCAACAUUUACGAUGUUCAGAAUCAGAAUUACUGUGAUUUUGUUUUCUAGGUAAGCAGUAAGGUGUGAGUGACUGUAAUUUCCACUUACUGAAAGUGGCUUUGGGGUGAUUAAGCAAUCCAGGAAUUCAAUAAUUGCCCUGUAACUGAGUGUCACUUCACUAGUAGUAAAAUAAAUACGCUUGAAGACAUAGGUAAUGUAUCAGAUAAGCAGGUCAAACUGUGUGCGUGAGUGGGAAGCCACUUCAUAAAAGUAAACACUUCAUUCCCGUGGUGCUGUCACUGGUGUGACCAAUCACUCUCCACUGCACAUUCCAGGGAACUCCAGAACAGCCUCAGGAGUAGUCAAGGUCAUAGUAGUCAAAAAACACCACCAGCCUAAACGUUCUGACGUUGUCUCCACUACCCAGCCAAAGCUGAACAGGGAGUUGCUUUCAAAAGCGCAAAGUGAGGGGCUCAGUGCAAAUCAAAGGUUUGCAGAGUCAUCAGCUGGAGGUCGUGGCCUAUUGCCUCUGAAGAUAAUGAGUCUCCUACUUCCAAACAGCCUGAUGGUAGCCAUCGAAAUGUAUGUUGGAAAUUCUCUUCCUAACUGCUACUGUCAUUCUUCUUGAAAGUGUCUUUUGGUGUGUCACUGCUUAACCAUCCCUGGCUUACCCUGGGGUGUCACUAACUGGACACUGCUCUUCUACUCUCUAGAAACCUUUGGAGUAGUUCUGCCGUGCUUGCCUGCUCUGUUGCUCUUGACCUUUCCCAACCUUUGCAGCAUGAAUUAGAAACAAAUAUAAUAACUCUUACUGUCUCCUGGUGGAUUUGGAAAAGCAGGUCGUGGUCCAAGCAGGGCGGGUGGGAUGUUUUUAGGGGCUGGGAGGGGGGAAGUGCUUGGGGGUUUUUCCCGCUGCUCAGGAUUUUUUGAGCAGCAACAAAGACAUAGGAGAUGCAGUUCUUGGCUGAGUCUCAAACAGAAGGUUCUUUCAUAUGGAAACAUAUUUUUAUAUUACAUUUGUACAGAAUUUUCCCUAUUUUGAUCUCCCACCGUUUUUAGAUUUGCGCGUUGCUCGGAUUUGAUUUCUUUUGCGAGGUGUUAUAAAAUGUAUAUUUUGUGUUUGUUAAUGUAUUAUAAAUGUAAAGCUAAAUUUUGGUUGUCUAAUAAAUGUGCACUGUGGUGGUAUCUGGUUUAUUGUUUUACUAACUUGAAUUCAUUGGCUUCUUAAUAAGAAAAGGAAAAACUUGAGUCAUUGUUGGGACUUUCUUGUCAUAAAAAAAUGAAUGGAGUGCAUUUAUUUUAAAAGAGGGCUUAAGCAAGUAAUGACUAACAAUACUUGAUAACAAAGUUAGAGUUAAGGUUCAGAUUAGUAUUUAGUGUUCACAGGAGCCUUUUAAGACUGUAAUCUGAAGAUACAUUAGAUUUUUAUCUUGUUCCCUAUUACUUUUGGUUCUGGGUGCUCAUACUAAACUGAGUUUAAGACACAUAGUAAUUGCAAUCUGAUAACUUCAAUAUGUAUGAGGAGAUGGGAGGGUCUGAGGUUUUGUGGCACAAAUAUUUACACUGAACACGAAGGUAAUUUUUAAAAAGAUUGAGAAUACAUUCAAGUGUGCAAAUUUAUAGACUAUUAGAAUUUCUAGGAGCUUUGUUUUGCCCAGGGAUAGCACUGAAUAACACAUUGUCACAGUUCUAGGGAACCUGCUGGAAGCAUUAUAAACUUCAGAAAAUAACUUUAGGCAUCUCCACUUAUGAAUAGCUGUGUUGAUAUUUUUGUUGCAAACUUUUUAUUUCAUUUUGAGUUGUUUUGUAAGUUUGCUUGUUUCAAGUGCAAAGAGGGAGAAAUGUAUUUUUCUAGAAGAAUGAAUGUACCUGGGGUUUAAACACUACAUAAAACGUUUCAUGAACAUGGACUGUCCUCCUAUGAAAUAUGUUUCAAUAAAGUUGUGUCUGAAAUGUACUUCAUUUGAGAAAAAAAAUCAAGUCCUGAACAUGCACUUACAUUUACACGGAAAAAAGCCCAAAAAUGGGGUGAACUGAAUUCUGAAAUGUCUUUCUACAGGCAAUAAGUAUUAAUUAUUUAAUAUAAGUUAUUUUAGACAGUUGGAGUAAAUGUGAUGAUAUGUUAAUUUAAAGAAGAAUGUAAAUAAGUGUCUGGAAAGGGAGUGGAAUUAGAAAAUAUUGUGUAUGUUUCUGAAAUCCAGAUUUCUAUAGCUGAGUCUGUAUUUGCUGGCAUUGGUCGUGUGUCGUGGCUAUUGAAAACCUGGACAAGGAUGAAGAAUGGACCUUUCUUUGUAAAUGGAACUUGGCAAUAAAAAUGGUGUUACUAAGGAAA